AUGAAAGAAACAAAGAUUUUGGAUGAGAAUAGUGGUGGUGCUACUGCUACUACUACUGGCCAAUCAGUGACAACUCCCAUCGAUUGUGAUGAUUUGUUAAUGAAGAGUCGUGCUGGUAAGGAGUUGAAUCAAGUGAGAGCAUUGUUGUACAAAUCAUUGAUGUUGCAAAUGAAGCAAUACAAGUCAAAUAUUUGUCAAUUGAUAUUCCCAGUCAUUUGUUUAAUGUUCAUUUACGUUUUACAAAUAGUUGCAAAUAGAUUGAUUGCAGGAUUCUUUACAGGCAAUGAGGGAGCUGCAGCAGUUGUUAGAAUCAACUCUACAUCUGUUGAACUUUCUCAACUCAUGUAUCAAGCAAAGAUGCAAGCUCAAAACUUGACAUUUAAUCCUCCAGAGUCCCUCUUUUUCACCUCUGAUAAGAAUGACUAUUUGAAUAGUAUUGGAUUUGGUACCAUGUCCUCUAAUCAGUCUGGAUCUAGUGGUUUCUUGGCUAAUUUUUCUCCAUGGUCCAGAAGUUCAGUCAUGAUGUUAGUGAAUGGUACCUUUGAUGAGAAGGGAAUGAUUUCAAUUCCAUACUCUAAUGGGUGCUGUGGGAAAACUGAAAACUUGGAUGCUGUUGGUGCCUAUAUUGUAAGAAAGUUGGACACCUCUGGUAUCAAUUACACUGUACAAUUUGAUUACCAUGAAAAGACUCAAUUCUUUGCUGAAUUCCUCUCAAAAUCACCACUCACCUAUAUUGUUACAAGUGCUAGAGAUGCUAUUAGUGUUUCUCUUCAGAAUUGGAUGAAUGAUGCCUUCCUGAAAAAUCUUACUGGCUCUUUCAGAAUUAGAACCUAUACAGCUCAAAUGACCUAUGAUACUCAAUUAAUUUCCUUCAGACUUUCUGACAUGUUAGGUUCCUUCUUCUUUCCACUAAUUCUUUCUCUAUUAUUACCAACAUUUACCUUUACCAUUGUUAUGGAGAAGCAAUACAAGUUGAGAGAAAUGAUGAAAUUGAUGGGUAUGAAGAUGAGAUAUUACUUUUUGGUAACUUAUGUAUUUUUCUAUGCAAUGUAUGCCCUCUCUGCUAUUUUGUUCAUCAUCUUUUCUAUUGCCUUUGAUUUUAGAUUUAUAACCCAGACACAUCCAUUAAUGUUAAUUUUCUUCUUCCUGUUGUGGGGAAAUGUAUUGAUUAGUUUUUCAUUCCUAUUAUCUUCGUUCAUUGGUAAGACAAUUGUAGCUACUAUUGUUUCCUACUUGUUUGUUCUGAUUGGACCAAUGGUUGGUGUCCUUCUUGAACAAGCUCUCUAUCCAAGUGCACCAGAUGCAAGAUAUGGUCUCCUCUUAUUGUUCCCUCUCCAAAUUACUCACUUUGUCUUUGCUGCAACCAAUUCAUGUAAUAACAAUGCAUGUUUGACAGAUGUGGCUGAUAUUGUAAAUAAUGUAUCUGUCCUCAGCUCACUUCUUUACAUGUUGGGAGUUUCAGUGUUGUACUUCAUAUUGGGUCUGUACUUUGAUGCCAUUAUUCCACAAACAUUUGGUAUAAGUAAACAUCCAUUGUUCUUCCUGGAGUGGAUGUGGAGGCCGUGUAUUAAACGUCGUCUGAAGAGAGCUAAAAAGCACACUGAAAGUAAGAAUCAAGUCCAACCAUUUGGAGAUGAAGAAGGUGCUAUUGAUUACAAUACCUCCGAAGUAAUGGACAGUGAUGUAGCUGAGGAGUUUAACAAGGUUAAUCCAAGUAAUAUCACAGACAAUGAAAUGCAAGAGCAUGCUAGAAAAUUGAAGGAAGAGCAUGGUGUUGUCCUUUUCAAUUUGGAAAAGAGUUUUGGAGGUAAUAAGGCUGUUAAAGGUACCUGUCUCACUAUUGGCAAAUCUGAAUGCUUUGGUUUGCUAGGUCUUAAUGGAGCUGGUAAAUCAACAACCAUCUCAAUGUUAGCAGGAAUGUUUGGUCCAAGUUCUGGAACUGCAUUUGUGUGCGGUAAAGAUAUUAGAUAUGACAUGGACAGUAUCCAUCAAGUAAUGGGCUUGACAGCACAAUUUGAUAUUUUGUAUCCUGAUUUGAGUUGUGAAGACCAUUUACUCUUCUAUUCCAGAAUGAAGGGUGUGAAAAUCAAGCACGAGAAGGAACACGUCCAAUCUCUAUUAAAACAAGUAGGUCUAGAUAAUGAAACUCUCAAAGUGAGAUUCUCUCCAGCAUCCAGCUCACUUUCAGGAGGUAUGAAGAGAAGAUUAUCCAUUGCCAUUUCACUAAUUGGUGAUCCGAAAGUAAUCCUACUCGAUGAGCCAACCACUGGACUGGAUCCACUCUCCAAGAGACACUUGUGGGAUAUCAUUCUCGCUCAAAAGAAGAAUAGAACUGUCAUUUUGACCACUCACUCCAUGGAAGAAGCUGAUGCCUUAUGUGAUCGAAUGACCAUCAUGGUAAAAGGUUCUUUCAAAUGCUUAGGUUCUGGUUUAAGAUUGAAAAACAAGUUCGGAGAUGGCUAUUUGAUGACCAUCAGUUACCAACCAGAGAACCAAAACAUUGCCGAGAAGUAUGUCUACGAUUACGUACCAGAGGCUGUGAAGGAUCUGACUCUGAGUGGCAUAACCAUCUUCAAAAUACCUCACCUUAAUGCUCCUCAUUCUCAUCAAAUAACAACAACAACAACAACAAAUCAAAACAGCAGCAUAAGCCAUAAUAAUAAUAGUAGUGGGGAAAAGAAUAGAACAUUGGCUGGUUUGUUUAAACAUAUGGAAAGUGGAAAGGAUCAUCACGGAAUUGAAGAGUGGGCUUUAAAUCAAGUUUCAUUAGAACAAGUCUUUUUGAAUAUAAUUUCGAGUGAUGCAAAGAGAAAUCCAUUGAAGGAUGAAUCCAAGUGGAAGCGAUUAGCAACCAUGUUCAAGCAAUGUAUCCAUUGA